AAAGAUUUGUCCACUCAUUUUUGUUGUCUUCUUCACAACCAAAGAGAAGAAAACUCCAUUGCUAUAAUGGAGGAAGAGCAAAACAAAUCUCCUCUCCACCAUUAUUGGGGAAAUACCUCAGAGGAAGAUUACUAUACUCUUCAAGGUAUCAAAUCUACUAAAUCUUUUUUCACUUCAUCUAGAGAUUUAACCCUUUUCACAAGAUCAUGGUUACCCCCAACCAAAACCCCACCUAAAGGUAUCAUUUUUAUGAUCCAUGGCUAUGGAAAUGAUAUCAGUUGGACAUUUCAAGCAACCCCAAUUCACUUAGCUAAAAAGGGUUUUGCUUGUUUUGCUCUUGACCUUGAAGGGCAUGGCCAAUCUCAAGGUCUUAAAGCUUAUGUACCUAAUCUUGAUUUAGUUAUUGAUGAUUGUUUGUCUUUUUUCAGUUUUGUUUUGACCCAAAAUACUGAAUUUCAAGAUUUGCCUAAAUUCCUCUUUGGUGAGUCAAUGGGUGGUGCAAUUUGUGUUUUGAUUCAUUUGAAAAGACCUAAAGAGUUUAAUGGUGGGAUUUUGAUAGCCCCAAUGUGUAAAAUCUCUGAUAAAGUGAAACCUAUAUGGCCAAUUGCUCAAUUUUUGACAUUAGUUGCAAGAUUUGCACCAACUUUGGCUGUUGUACCAACAGCUGAUUUGUUGGAAAAAUCUGUUAAAGUACCUGAAAAAAGGAUUAUUGGUGGGAGGAAUCCUAAUAGGUAUUUUGGAAAACCAAGAUUGGGUACUGUUGUUGAGCUUUUACGUGUGACUGAUUAUGUUAGUAGCAAACUAUGUGAUGUGAUUAUGCCAUUUUUAGUGUUACAUGGGAGUGCUGAUGUUGUUACUGAUCCAGAAGUGAGUAGGGAAUUGUAUAAAUUGGCGAAAAGUACGGAUAAGACAUUGAAGAUUUAUGAUGGUAUGAUGCAUUCUUUGUUGUUUGGAGAGACUGAUGAAAAUGUUGAGAUUGUUCGUGGUGAUAUAUUGGCAUGGUUGAAUGAUAGAUGCUGAGCAGGGGCGGAUCUAGAGGAGAUGAAUGGGUUCGUAUGAAUAAAAACACACUAUAUAUACAAAGGUCGAAAGUACUUAUUAGGUAUAUACAGUACCCUUGAUGAUUGAUGAAAGUCGUGUCUCCGCCACUCAUGCUGAAUUGUCUGCACUUGGAUUAAAUACAUAUCUGAUUCGUAUUAAUCUCAUUUCUAGUUCAUUAGUGUGUGUCAUAUUUGUUAAAAGAUCCAAACUUUAGAAGUUUUUUUUCUCUAAGAAUGAUGUGUAAAGCUUGCCAAGUAGUCUAGAUAUAAAGAUUGCAUUUUUUCAGCAGAAUCAAGCUUGGAUAUUUGCUUUGAAGCAUUCUGUGUUUACUUAUGAAUGCAUGUUUUAUAACUUCUCUAUUCC